AUGACUCAGCCUGGUUUUCAAAUUCCAACUUCACAAGUAAUAACUGGUCCACCUAAGCAGGAGAACUUACAACUUAUAGAGAAAAAGCGUCGCUUAUUAACAGAACUUGCUGCACUAGAAAGUGGUUUUUCUUAUUUUGAUUACUUAGAUCCCUCCAGAAAUUCAUUACCAAGUAGUGCAACAGAUGUACCUUGCUCGGUUGAACUUCUUUCUUCACCAAAAAUCGAACGAAAAUAUUUGGAUAAUAUUGAAGCUUCAAAAGCAUUGGCUGAUUUAAUCGUUGAUAUAGCACAAAACCCAUCUCCAUUACCAUACAUUGGUUCACGAACUUCUCCAAUUUGUAACGAUAUAGUUAAACAUGCAAAUGGCUUUUUCGCUCAAUAUGAAGCAUCAAGAGAACAAAGAGCUGGUAUUCUUACAGCGUUUUGCAUCAUUCCACGCAAAGAUAAGCAAGAAACUACAACAAAAACUUCAGAAUUACAAGAAAAGCCUGUGGAAGAAGAUCCGUCAAAGAGAGUUCACCCAUUCUUCCCAGAUGUUCGCGAUGUCAAGCCAUUGCUCGGUUUAAUCAAAGAACAGCUUGGUGAAUUUCCAAAUUUCAUCAAGGAUCCUCCUACAGAUGCAGAAUGCGAAGAAAAUCGCUGGAUGAUGGGUGAUAAUGAGAUUCAUGAUCAUCUAUUCAAGAUUUGCGGUUCUUCAAGUGAUGAUGACUUUGAUCCUGAUGAACAACUAAUGAAAAUGACUCCAUUGCAACCAGUUCAGCCAAUACAGCAAAUGCAAGUCCAAAAUCCCGCUUUUAUGAAUCAAAAUAGAUAA